AUGCCUUUCGGACACCAUCAUCAGAAUGCGCAGCCCGACCCAGCGCAGGGUAUCUUCGCUGCAGCCUCGGCUUUGGGGAGCAUAGGAGCACCCGGCGGAAACCUGCGCGCAGCCACACAGGGAACCACACGUGCGGGCACCGACGCCUUCAUGCCUGGCGGCAGCGGUAACCUCCAGUCGCCCACCGAGUCCUUCUCCUCGAGUGCACCGCCGGUCGCAACCUCGUCUUACGAAGCACCGCGGAGAGCUACGGCACAGAGCGGUCGCCCCACUGAAGAGCUUCAUAUUUCCACUGCAGGGUCCCAGCACCCCUCCGUGCCGUCCUCCGCGGCCAGUCAGCAGCAAAUGUACAACUCGCCCGAUAACUACCGCUCGGCGCCCAACAUCAAUGUCGACCAAGGGACGCCCCAAAAUAGCCAUUAUGGCACCCCCGCCGCUGUUCCUGGCAGUCUGCAGCCCGCAGGUGGUGCUGCCCAACAACAGCAACUACAACAACACCAUCACCAGCAGCAGCAACAACAACAACAACAACAGCAGCAACAACAACAACAACAACAACAGCAGCAACAACAACAACAACAGCAGCAGCAAUCGCGCCCGGGACCUUCGAGCCAGUCGCACACUGCGCCGGUCGUACCUACCCAAUCGCAAAUCGCAAGCAAUGCCCAACAAUACACGCUGCCAACGCGCUCCAAUACCAUUAAUCAAUCACAGCACUCUCCACAUUCCUCACAUUCCUACUCCCGCUCGAGUCCAGCCGGCCUGGGUCCUGAUCAGAAAUACAUUCCCUUCUCCAACACCCCUGAACAGUCCAAGUACGGCAGUGGAACGCCUGCGCAAAAAUACUACCCUACUACUCCUUCUGGCGCCGCAUCAAAUUCCCCCCUCGGGCUGGCAGACAUAAGACCUCGAGCGAAUUCGAGCAUGGACCAAGAGGGUAUGGGUCACGGUAACGCUGUCCUGGGCGACCAAAACAAAGUCCCGUCGAACAGCAACUAUCUGGCGCCCUGGAGCAUAUACGCUUAUGACUGGUGCAAAUGGAAUGUGCCAGGAGGCAACAGCGCUGGCAAAAUGGCCGUAGGAAGCUACCUCGAAGAUAACCACAACUUCAUACGCAUUCUAGAUACCCAGAUCGCACCCCAAGACGUCUCGGGGCCCGGUGCAACACCCUAUGGCAUCGAGUACAAUGCCAUCGCUGAAGCCACAUGCUCCUUCCCUGUCACACGCAUCCUUUGGGAGCCGCCCUCCUCACAGAAGCAAUCCACAGACCUCCUGGCAACAUCGGGCGACCAUUUGCGGUUAUGGUCCCUACCGCAAACCUCUGGAAAUACAAUGAGCAACACAAUAUCACGCUCGUCAUCUGUAAACACGCGCGAACCACAGCUCCCCAAGCUCACCCCGCUUGCCCUUCUCUCCAAUUCCAAGACACCUGAGCACACCGCUCCGCUAACCUCCCUCGACUGGAACACCAUGUCACCCAAGCUCAUCAUCACGUCCAGCAUUGACACCACCUGCACAAUCUGGGACAUACCCUCCCUGACCGCGAAGACGCAGCUCAUCGCACACGACAAGGAAGUGUUUGAUGUUCGAUUUUGCGCCGGAAGCGUUGACGUAUUCGUUAGCUGUGGUGCAGAUGGUAGCGUGCGCAUGUUUGACUUGCGCAGCUUGGAACACAGCACGAUCAUCUACGAGCCAUCUGACAAGGGUGGGGAUCGUGACAAAGGUUCGCCGACUAGUGGCCGCAUGUCUCCCACAAAGGCUCAGCAGACGAUGUCGUAUGCACCUCCACUUCUUCGUCUCGCCGCAUCUCCUCAUGAUUCACACCUGCUUGCCACCUUCGCUGCCGACUCGAAUCUGAUACGGAUCCUCGAUGUACGGCAGCCCGGUCAAGCGCUGCUUGAACUCCGAGGGCACUCUGCGGCAGUCAACAGUAUAGAAUGGAACCCUUCAAGAAGAGGCAUGCUUGCAUCUGGCGGUGACGACUCGCUUGUCCUCAUAUGGGACCUGUUGCAUGCCAACAACGGCGCUGUCAUUAGCGGGGAGCAUGCUUCUAAUCAACCCUCUCCAGCACCGGCAGCUGCACAUGGUGCCAAUGGUGCUGCUGGGGCACAAAACGUGCCUGUGGGUCAGAAGGGACCCUAUGCUAGCUGGAGGUGCGACUACGAAGUGGGCAACAUCAGCUGGGCUCCCCAAAGUGCGCUGACGGGACAAGGUGGAGAAUGGGUUGGCGUAGCCGGCGGGCGUGGCGUAUGGGGCGUCAAGCUAUGA